CUCUAUCUCUCUCUAUCUCUCUAGCGAUUCAGGAACACAUUUCACCAGAUCUAUGAAGUUUCAACAGAUCGAUGAACAUUCUGACCUCCUGGUUCUGAUUUCCGGCUUUUAUUGGCGGAUCAGGUGUUGGAGGUAGUCAGCCGGUUGAUCUUUAGAAGACCUGCACCUGAGAAUUUUAAAUCUGCGGCCCCCAAACACUAAAGGUAAGAUUUGUUGUUGAUUGUGGUCUAAAAGUUUGACCGUAUUAGGGUUUGUGGUUUAUUUUGGUUGUGUAUCACUUCAACUGAUGUCCAGGGUGUCAUUGUGUGGUAAAGCGUACGAUAAUGGGUUUACUUGUGAGGAUUUUGAUUCUAUUCAUCUUUAUUACCAGGGUUGUGAAUGAGAUCAAUAGCUCAGCAACAAGGAAGAACAAAGAAUGGAAAGAUAAGCUGCCAAAUGUUGUUUUAAAAGCUGAAGAAAUCAUGUAUUCUAAAGCAAAUUCUGAGGCAGAGUAUAUGGAUCUUGAAAUCCUAUGGGAUAGAGCUAAUGAUGCCAUUAACACCAUAAUUAGGUUGGAUGAAAGUACAGAUGGUGUUUUCUUGCAGUUGUUUGUAGAACAUCUACUUGCUCUUGAUGGAGCUAAGGAAAGACUGUCCUUGUUUGAAGCUAACUUGAUUGCAGAAGGAUCUUUUGAUUCUACAAUACAAUAGCAGCUUUCUUGGAUUCACCUAAUUAUAGUUGUCAAUUUUGGAGCAUCACAAAGUCAUUACGAUUUCAAAUUGGGGCUACAGUUCAUCAACCCAGAGAGGCUAGGUUUCAUAGCAAUAAUGAGGGUAAAUCGAAUGGUUGGCUGCAGGAGCAGACCUCCAUUGUUUCAAAAACAUAAUAGAGCCCAAAUGGCAGGUCGCGCUCUUUGUGAUGGUGGAAUGUGGACUAAGACUUUUUUCAAGUCAAAAUCAGACAA